GGUAUCCAAAUGCAAACCAACGGUUACAUGUUUUUAGUAAUUUUAGCCUUAAGUGGGUUAAGCUUAACGGCAUCGCAACAACAACACGAACAGAUUUAUGAAUUACCUGAAGAGCUCAAGAAUUUUGCAUGUCACGAGGACGAUCCCGCUGUUAACGAAUGUAUACGUAAAGGCCUACAAUUUGGCAUUGACUCUUUGAAAACUGGUAUUCCCGGCGUCAGAAUAGCUGCUAUGGAUCCUUUUCACAUUGAUAAAGCUACUUACCAAUUUGCCAAUAAUUUUGUUAGAGGCAAAAUCAGUUUGCGGAACAUCAGCGUCAAAGGUUUAAGCACCAUAAAAUUGAAAAAUGUUGACUACAGUAGAAGAGACAAUCAAGCCCAUUUCGUUGUACACGUUGAUAUGCCACGAAUAAUCGCCGAAGGGAACCAUAGGGCUGAUGUUCUAAUAAAUAACGCAAAAAUCUCCUCAAAAGGCUCUUUUACCAUAAUAUUAACUAACCUUGUUGUUAAAAUAAUAAUGGAUAGCGAACUCUAUGAGCGCAAUGGUCACGAAUAUGCCCGAGUAUUGAAACUAAAUUUUGAGCCCAAUGUAGGAGAUAUGAAACUAAAAGCUGAUGGUCUAUUGCCCGAGCCAAUCCUAAAUAAUGCUAUUGUGGAUUUCAUUAACCAAAAUUGGCGUCAAUUUUAUAAAAUAUUAAUUGCAGAGUCUCGACCUACGUGGGAGCCGGCAGUGGUAAAACUUGUAAAUGAUUACAGCUCUUAUAUUCCUCAUGAUAUAUUAGUACUUAAGAAAUCUUUGAUUUUGCUUACACUGCCAGUUUUAAGUUGGCCAGAUCCAGAUAAUUCUUUAACUAGUGCUGCAACGGAAGACUUGGAUGGGAAAAUCUCUAACUCAUCGUUGUAUGUGACUAUUGAUAGGAAAAUCAAUGCUACUGAUAAUCAACAUUCUUCAAAACUAUACUUAUCAGCUAACGAUUUACCCUAUUGCCGUCAAAAUCAAAAUAAAUUUAAUGAAUGUCUUAAGGAAAUUCUGGAGCUCACGUUCGAUCGUUUUAAAUAUGGCAACACGGGCAAGCACUUUCCUAGCUUAGAACCCUUUUCUUUAAAUGAAACUACCUACCAAUAUAACGGUCGUCCUUUAUCCGGUCAUUUAGCGAUAAAGAAGGCUUUUAUGCAUGGCCUCUCCAAAAUUCAAUAUUCUCAAGUCGACCUGCGUAAACAAAAUGAUAUAAUUAAAAUGCGAGCUUUAUCACAUCUACCUAAGUUAAAAUUUACGGGUUCUUAUAAUGGAAAUUUACGAUUUAAUAAUAUGCAUAUUCGCCCUAAAGGGGAUUUCAAUGUCACAAUUACGAAGAUGGAAAUAGAACAAAAGGCAGAUGGUAUUAUCUAUAGUCAAGAUGGUCAUAAAUUUUUGAAAUUUAUUUAUUUGCAAGCGGAACCGAAAAUAGGUGAAAUAAAAGUGAACGCCUCCGGAAUAUUUACUGACAAUGUUUUAAACAAUAUAGUUUUGAAUGUCGUUAAUCAAUAUUGGCGGGAAAUAUAUCGCGUUCUUUUACCACAAAUACGGGAUUAUUGGUCGUCUCUAUUGUUACAUUUGACAAACGUUGCUUUGAGUAUAUCUCCUUUUGAUGUCAAAGAUUAA